AUGCGAGAUAGGAAAUUGCUGAAAGUUGUUAAGGAGAGGACGCAGGACGAGGUGGAGCACAUGCGGAGAGAAGUGCAGAUCAUGCGGGACAAGAUCGAGGAAUAUAAUCGCGGCAUAAACGAGAACCUGAGAUUUUUGAGGGGCCUGGAGAGAGAUCUGUCCGCCGGCGACAAAAAGACCUAGGCAGUCGUGCGUUCGUUUAAGAAUCUGUAGGAUUCCCAUUUCGAAUAAAUGAUUCGGAUUUUUCCCUCAA